AAUGACAUGAUCCCGAGUGGUCCUGCCCGACGGACAGAAGAGGAGGAAUACGGCGAGGCUCAUCGGGGCUCUGUUCUCCCUAGUCCCCCCUUAACCAGAAGCAAUUCAGUGGCCAGCAGGGAGAGGGAGACGGACCUCAAUGGUGGCGACGACAACGAUGACAACGACGACCAGGACAUUACAGAAAUUGAAAUACAAGACCCUCUCCGACACCCUUCCCUUCCUUCCCAAGACUCCCUUUUUGACUUGAACGGUCGUCUUCGUGUACCCCAAUCCACCUCCAGCCCCCGUCCGAUUACUUCCCCUCAACCCUGGGAUCUAGUAGACCCACCCGCCGAUAAUGGUCAGAACUUGCCAUAUCCGCAUGGGACGGUCAAAAGUAAAUUCAGUCAGAUGCAAGAUUCUGCAGGUGCUCGCACUCUCAUUCCUAAAUCAUCCUACUACUUCGGUCCUCCUCCCCCUGGAAGUGCAUACGGAACUCAGCCUAUAGGACAUAUCGGCCUUCAUCAUCCGAGAGAAGUUCUUAGGAUUGAAAGAGAUUAUACCGGUGGCGACGUUAUACAGUUUGCACCUAUAUAUCCUUUAGAAUUGGAAGGAAGGAUCACCCCAACGCAGUUCCUCGAAUCUAUCAAUGCUAUCAACGAGCGUCUUAUAUCGGCUCAUAGUCUUAGAUGGGCCGCGUUGGAUAAUGUAUUGGCGGUUCUUACGCUCCAGCUGACGAGGCUUGUGUUGACUACUCAUUAUGAGAAGCAAAUGAGAGUGUUAGAACAGCUGUUUCGAGAGCUGAAUGCGGAACUUUAUAAUCCCGUUGGACUCAAUCUGCUGUGGCCGCGGAAGGUGGCGUUUUUAUUUUUGGAAAUUGAGUAUUAUUAAUCGAUGUGUUUAUUAUACCGGUCGUUUUUUGUUCUAUAUUCAUUCAUAUGUAUCUAAUCCUUUGUUUGUGGUCGAGUCUGCUGUCUGUACAAGGGACUCGGAGGUUUCAACGUCCCGGAUAGACAGCUUGAGCGGACGUGAACAGUCACGAGUUCCUCUGGAACGGAACUUUGCCUUCAACCGCCGUCCAUGAAUUUCUUUCGAGCUCGAUGUUAGUUUGUGACCGAU